AUGUAUCCAAGACCUUUUUAUUUUGCUGAAACACCAAUUAAUUCUUCCAAUCUUAGUAGUAAAAAGCAGAGUAGUAAUUCCACAGAAAAAUCUUUUAGUAAAAAAAUUAAACCAGUUAAUAGAGAUAGCUCACUGACUUUAAAAAAGUUAAUUAAAGAAUUAACUACUCCAAUUUUUACACAAAUUCUAUCAGAAAAUACUAUUAUUCUGCAGUCAAGUAUUUCUAAAAUGAACAUAGAUUUAGUUAAUUUUUGUGAAUUAAAUGAAAAGAUUAUCAAAGCUGAAGAUAAUAAUCAAAAAACAAAUCAAGAUAUAAUAUAUUCAUACUAUUAUUUUGGAAAAGAAUAUAAUUUAUAG